GAUUCUGCAUCGCCCUCCAAGCGAAAAGAAAACGCCAUCCAUCAGCCUGUAGCAGCGAGUGAAAACGCGUUCAUUUUACUUUUGGGUCGAAAAAUCGUGCAAAAACCGUAGUUUUUCCCGGUUGAAGAGUGUACAGAGCUAACAAACGCCGCAACGAUGUCCGGAAGACGAAUGCCGGCCAACGAGGACCUCUCGAAUGUGGAAUUCGAAACGAGCGAAGAUGUCGAAGUGCUGCCGACUUUCAACUCGAUGGGACUUCGCGAGGAGUUGCUGCGGGGUGUUUAUGCUUACGGAUUCGAGAAACCAUCGGCCAUUCAGCAGAGAAGCAUCCUUCCGAUAGUGAAGGGACGGGAUGUCAUCGCCCAAGCUCAAUCCGGAACCGGUAAGACGGCAACGUUUUCAAUCGCCAUUCUGCAAUCGAUGGACACGACGUUGCGCGAAACUCAGGUCCUCUGCCUGUCGCCAACGCGCGAAUUGGCCGUCCAGAUCCAGAAGGUUAUUCUGGCGUUGGGCGAUUUCAUGAACGUACAAUGUCACGCUUGUAUCGGUGGAACAAACCUGGGUGAGGACAUCCGGAAGCUGGAUUAUGGGCAGCAUGUGGUCAGUGGAACGCCCGGGCGGGUGUUUGAUAUGAUCAAACGUCGGGUACUGAGAACCCGGUCCAUCAAAAUGCUGGUGCUGGACGAAGCCGACGAAAUGCUGAACAAGGGAUUCAAGGAACAGAUCUAUGACGUUUAUCGGUAUUUGCCGCCGGCAACGCAGGUUUGCCUCAUUUCGGCCACAUUGCCACACGAGAUCCUGGAAAUGACGUCUAAGUUUAUGACGGACCCCAUUCGGAUUCUGGUCAAACGUGAUGAAUUGACGCUGGAAGGCAUCAAGCAGUUCUUCGUGGCCGUGGAGCGCGAAGAGUGGAAAUUCGACACCCUGUGCGAUCUAUACGACACGCUGACCAUCACCCAGGCGGUCAUCUUCUGCAACACCAAGCGUAAGGUCGAUUGGUUGACGGAGAAGAUGCGGGAGGCCAACUUCACCGUGAGCUCCAUGCACGGCGACAUGCCCCAGAAGGAACGUGACGAAAUCAUGAAGGAGUUCCGAUCCGGCCAGAGCCGAGUGCUGAUUACGACCGAUGUGUGGGCCCGAGGUAUCGACGUGCAGCAGGUUUCGCUGGUCAUCAACUACGAUCUGCCGAACAAUCGUGAGUUGUACAUCCAUCGUAUCGGUCGUUCGGGUCGAUUCGGCCGCAAGGGUGUGGCCAUCAACUUUGUCAAGAGCGACGACAUCAGAAUCCUGCGAGAUAUUGAACAGUACUACUCGACGCAGAUCGACGAGAUGCCCAUGAAUGUGGCGGAUUUGAUCUAGAUGGUUGGAUGUAGUUUUAUUUUUUACAUGAACACACACACAUUUACAGUUUUGCGUAUUUAAACACUAAAAAAAUUAACUAGCUGGUAAGUAAUGCAAUGAGUUUGAGAAGAAAAUUCAAGAUUUAUAACCACUAGAGCAAAUGUCGGAUGCUUGAUUAGUAGUACACAGGUAACAUUUGUAAUUAUGAUCAUCAUAACCAAUUGGACUUCUAAUAAAGGGAAAAUUCUCUUUUAAUCUCAA